AUCUGGGGCGUGGACGCUCGGGCUGCGAAGUUCCAGCAGAGAGAGACAGAGCUGCAAGAGGCAGGCGGACAGGCUUUCCCAUCCCUCUGCUGGGGAAAGGGGACAAGAAGAAGAAGAUAUACACACAUACAUAUAUAUAGCUAUUAUAUAUAAAGACCCUGCUCCUUUUUUAAUUAUUAUUACUAUUAUUAUUGUUGUUGCAAAAGAGACUUGACUUUUUUCCCGACCUGAAGCAACCGGCCCCUUUCAGUCGUGGCUCACCCAAAGCUCCCGAGGAGGAGGAAAGUGGGCUCCUUCGGUCCUUCCUGCAUUUCCGACCAUUACAGGAUCUAGACAUGUCUGCCACGCUGCUCUCGGCCUUCUACGACAUCGAUUUCUUCUGCAAGCCCGAGAAAUCCCUCAGCACCAUGCUGGACAAGAAGGCGGUGGGCAGCCCUGUGGGGGGCGGCGGCAGUGGCCCUCCCUCCUCCUCUGCUCACAACAACCACAACAGCUUCGCCCCGGGCUUCCUCCGGAGACACUCGUCCAGCAACCUCCAGGCUUUGGCUAACGGCAGUGCCAAAUUCCCUUCUUCGCCUUCUCCUUCCUCGCCCAACAGCAACACCUUCAAGGAGCCUGGUGGAGGAGGGAACACCAGCCCUACUACUACGGUUGCUACUAUCACCCCUACUCCUAGCAGUAGUAGCGCCAGCACCGCCUCGCUGAACAAGGAGAACAAGUUCAGAGACCGCUCCUUCAGCGAGAACGGCGAGAGGAGCCAACACCUCAUCCAGCAGCUCCAGCAGCAGCAGCAGCAGCAAGUGAAGGGGAGCAGCAAUGGGACUAAUGGGAAUAACAACAAUGCAAAUGGCGGAGGAGGAGGCGGGGCGCCCAUCAACUCGACGCGCUACAAGACGGAGCUGUGCCGCCCCUUCGAGGAGAGCGGCGCCUGCAAGUACGGGGAGAAGUGCCAGUUUGCCCACGGCUUCCACGAGCUCCGCAGCCUCACCCGGCACCCCAAGUACAAGACCGAGCUCUGCCGCACUUUCCACACCAUCGGCUUCUGCCCUUACGGGCCCCGGUGCCACUUCAUCCACAACGCCGACGAGCGCCGCCCGGCGCCCAACAACGGCGGCGGCGGCGGCGGAGUAGGCCUAGGCCUCAGCUCGUCCUCCUCCUCCUCGCUGCCUCAGCCUCCGCCGCCGCCCCAGCCGUCCCCGCUUCUUCCCCACCAUCACCACCACCAUCAUCACCACAACAUGAACGGCCACCUCCCUCAGGCCUUCCAGAGUAGCAAUCACAGCCCCUCUCCUCAUCAUCAUGGCGGCAGCACUGGAGACCUGAGGGCCUUCGCGGUUUCCUCCGCCUCUUCCUCCUCCUUGACCAGCGGCGUUUUCGGUCGCGGAGGCGGCGGCGGCGAUAGGCCCAAGCUGCACCACAGCCUGAGUUUCUCGGGCUUCUCGGCCCACCACCAGCCCCAGCCCCACGGCGGGCCUUCCCCUCCUUCCUCCUCUUCUGUCACCGAGGCGGUGGCUGCGGCCGCGGCCGCGUUGUUAAUGGAGAGCCCCCGAGUGCCGCACUCCCCUCCUCCGCCUCCCGCCUCAGGAGCGGCCCCUUCCUCGGCCGCCGCCGCCUCCUCCCCCGUCUGCGCCAACAACGCCUUCGCCUUCUCUGCCGGGCAGGAGCUGGGGAGCCUCAUCGCCCCGCUGGCCCUCCACUCCGCCGGCCCUCAGCAAGGAUGCUUCACCGCCUUCUACCGGCAGCAACACGGCGGCGGCAGCGGCGGGGGAUGCUGCCCUCCUCCUCCUCCUCCCCCGCAGCCGCCGCUCCCUCCUCCGCCUCCGGCCUCGCCUCCCUUCAGCUUCCAGCCCCUGCGACGCCUCUCCGAGUCUCCUCCGCCGCCGCCGGUCUUCGAGGCCCCUCCUCCGCCGCCCAGCCCCCCGGACUCCCUCUCCGACCGGGAGAGCAGCUACCUCAGCGGCUCCCUCAGCUCCGGCAGCAGCAGCCUCAGCGGCUCAGAGUCCCCGGGCCUCGACGCCGGCAGGAGGCUCCCCAUCUUCAGCCGCCUCUCCAUCUCCGACGACUGAGGAGGAGGAGGAGGGAGAAAAGGGUCCCCUCUGAAGAUUGUGGGGGCCUCCUCUUCCCAGGAUCCCCUUCAUCCUCUCCUUUCCCCCAGCAUCCCAUUUUGGGGAGAGCCCUUAGUGAGGGGCAGCCUCUCCCCCUCCUUUCUCCCCUUUUCAUCCUUCUCCUUUUCCCCAGCAUCCCAUUUUUGGGGGGGCUCCUCAAUGAGGGACAAGUCUGUCCCCACCUUUUUUGUUUGGGGGGGGGGGUUCAGUGAGGGACAGCCUUUCCUUUUCCUGGGGAUUUUUUGAGAGGGGGGACCCCAGUGGAGGAAGCCUUCACCCUCCUUUUGAGGGUCCCUUUUUUCUUGGGGGGGACAGACUCUUCCCCCUCCUCCUGGAGAUUCCAUUUUUAGGGGGGACCCCCUCAUAGGGAUGGUCUAUUAUCUUCAGAGGAUCCCUUUUCUUGGGGGGAGAUUCCUCAGUGGGGGAAGCCUUCUUCGUCUUGGGGAUUCCUUUUCUUGGAGGGACUCCUCAAUGGGGGAUAGUCUCUUCCCCCACCUUUUUCCUGGGGUCCCAUUUUUGGGGAGGAUCCCUCACUGAGGUGCAGCCUUUUCACCUCUUCCUUGGGAUUCUUUUUUUUGGGGGGGACCCCCUCAAUAGGAGCAGCCUCUCUCCUUCAGGAGAGCCCUUUUUUGGGGGGGGACUUCUCUGGGGAUCAGUCUGUCCUCUUCAUUUUGGGGAAUCCCAUGCCUUUUUCCCAGGGAUCUCCUUUCUUGGGGGGAUCCCUCAGUGUGGAGCAGCUUCUCUCCCUUUUUUGGGGGGACCCCUCAUUGGGGGGGCUCUCCUCCUCCUUUCCCCCUCCAUCUUCUCACCAGGAGCAUAGACUUGCAGCUGCCUCCAGAAAACUAGCCAAGCUCGCACAGACUGACCCUUUUCAGUUCAGUGGUUUCUUGUUUUGUGUGAUUGUUGUUGUUCUUGUGGGUUGGGGUGGGGUUUUUUGCCUCUUUCCAACCUAUGCCUUUUUUAAACAGGAGGAAGGGGGGAUGAUUACCCUUUGAUUGCUGAGCAAAUUCAGAGAGGAGAAAGCAAAAGAAAUGUGUUUCUUUCUUUUUUUUAAAGAGAUGAACAAAAGAAAUGGAUUUACAUAAAGGCAGGUAAUAGUCAUCAAGAACAACCUUGUCGGGUUUUUUAUUUUAUUUUAAAUCUAGAGACUUGUUGCAAGGAGAG